CAGUGCUGAACUACGACGACAAUGGACGAAGAUGAAAAAUUAAUUUAUUUAGUACAGAAGUAUGAUUGUCUGUUUAACGUCAAGGCGAAAACCUACAGUGAUAAAAAUUGUAGGAAAAAUGCCUGGCAAAAAGUAAGCGGUGAAAUGCAAAUUUCUGAGGCAGAGUGUCAAAAGCGGUGGAAAAGAAUUCGAGAUUGUUACAAGAAAGCAAUUAGGCUAAGACAGUUUAAGAGUGGUUCUGCUAGAUCAAAUGAUAAGCCAAUAAGAUUUGAAAAAGAAUUGGAGUUUUUAAAACCAUACUUGCAGAACAAACCACAGACGUCUAACUUAGAGAGCUCCGAAGAAAAUGACGUAAACACUGAUACCGACACAAACUUGUCCGUUGCGUCGCCAUCUCGACCCGAAUCACAAUUAUCCAGUCAUUCCGAUACUACUCGAAAGAAGUCACAACCACUAUCACAAAUGUUAUUCGCACAAUAUUUGGAAAAUAAGAAAACAGAAGAAGAUCCAACGGACACUUUUUUUCUCUCUAUGUCCAAAACGGUUAAACGGAUGCCAAUACAAAUGCAAGUGCUACUGAAACGACAGAUAUUGCUUUUAGUAACUGACGCGGAAAUAAAAGUUGCUUCGAAUGAAAUGUGCACCUUUCAACCUGAAACAACUAAUAUCAACUCAACGCAAGCAAAUACUUCUUCAUCCAUCGGCUAUACAACAGAACUACGAACCGAAUCAGAAAGUCUUCAGCUACAAUCUAAUUCCACUAACUGUAUUUCUAAUUCCAACACUUAUAAAAUGCAGCCAAAUACCGGGUAUUAUACAACACAGCUACCAACCAUUUAUACUCCUUCUAACACAUACUCAAUGCAGUCAAAAACGUCAUCCAGUAGCAACAGCAUAAUCCCUAAUCAGUUCGAAAAUAGCACUUCUUCGAGAUAUCGUGUGGAAGAUCGUAUGGAAGAUCUCGACCUGCCACCUUCACCAUACAUACCAUUGCCGAUUGGGACGACGACGCGGCAACAAAGGGAUGGUGAUAAUGACUACAGUUAAUGACGUUAUGUAUGACUGAUUUAAUGCCAUGAUUUACGGUAUAAGGGACGGUUCUCCAAAAAAUUAUAAAUACUUAUUUUUUGUCAUACCUACGCCUGUACUUUCCGGAAAUAAUGUGAUGUAGAUUUUAGCUUAAAAUUAUGUGAUAGGUAGAUAUGCAUGGUAUCAGUUUUCGAAGAACUGUCCUUGUGUACUUAAUAAUGCGCGUAAAAUUAAAGAUAAAUAAAUCUAUGUAAAUUAAAAUAAAUGCUUUUGACUCUUCCUAAUCAAUUUACAUUUUUUAUUUUUAUUUUAAUGCUUUAGAAUAGAAUAGAAUGGAAAUCUAAGCUAGCUUAAAAAUGUACUUACCUCAAGCAUAUUGAUAUCCGCUCUUCAACGGAAAUAGGUAUUCUUAAAUUUGUUUCUUGCUUUUGGAUGUGAGGCCUCAAAAUAUUUACCAAAUUUUCAAACUUAUCUAAACCCAUUUUAUAAUAAUCAUAAAAAUAUCUUGGGUCCAGACUUAAAUCAUUACUACAGAGUGUUCUGAAUUCGCCAAGUAUAUGUCUUUUCUUCCAUAACUCGUGAACCCAAAAUUUUCGUUUUAUUUUUCUAUCCUCAGCUGCUGAUGUAAAUUCACUUUCUUCCUCUUCAGCUUCUGAUAUUAGAGCAAUCAUGAUAAGAUCGAUAUCAACCAUUAUAAUACUGUCGAGCGAGCACCAUUCACGAAUGUUCGAAAGUCUCUGAACUGGUUCCGUCACUACGCGCCGUCGCGCACAAUCGCGCGUCGCCUCGCGAAGACGCGCGUCGCCUCGCGAAGGCGCGCGUCACCGUGCAAAACAUGACGCGUCGCGUCGCUUCGACUCUGCGCCAGUGUGAGUUGAGCCUUAGGG